GUAGACAAGGUGGUGUUGGGUCAAAGGUUGGACUCGAUGAUCUCAGAGGUGUUUUCCAACCUAAUUGAUUCUGUGAGUUGCAGCAAUACUGCACAGUGACUCCAUGGUGCUACUUCGACCAAAGCCCAGGAAACACGGUAACCUACAUCGUGGGAGUGACAAACAAGCCCACGAACCCAGUGACCAGUGGGUCACCCAGCGGGUGAUCACCCACGGGAGCCCGGCGUGGCCGUCGGAAGCCGGCCCUCCCUGUCAGAGGAGGAUCCCCGAACGGGGAGCGCCGCGGGGAUGGCGAGGGCGGCGGCGGGGCCGGGGCGGCGGCGGGCGGGCCCGUGAGGAGGAGAAGGAGGAGGAGGAGGAGAAGGAGGAGAAGGAGGAGGAGGAGGAAGAAGAAGAGGCGGAAGAGGCGGCGGGCGAUGGCCGGGGCGCUGCUCCGCGGGGUGCGGCGCUUCCCCUGGCUCUGCAACGUGCUGCUCUACGGGGGGCUGUUCGCGGCGGGGGACGCGGCGCAGCAGCUGCUGCGGCGGCGGGGGGGACACCCGCCCGACUGGGCGCAGACGCGGCGAGUGGCGCUGGUGGCCCUCGCCUUCCACGGCAACUUCAGCUACGUGUGGCUGCGGGCGCUGGAGCGGGCGCUGCCCGGCCGCCGCCCGCCCGCCGUGCUCGGCAAGGUGCUCUGCGACCAGCUCCUGGGAGCGCCCGUCGCCGUGCUCGCCUUCUACACGGGUAUGAGCAUCCUUCAGAGGAAAGAGGACAUCUUUUCAGACUGUAAAAAGAAAUUUUGGAAUACGUAUAAGACAGGACUGAUGUACUGGCCUUUUGUGCAGCUCUCAAACUUCAUUUUGAUCCCUGUCCACCUGAGAACAGCUUACACUGGGCUCUGUGGCUUUGUCUGGGCUUCCUUCAUUUGCUUUUCCCAACAGAGUGGAGAUGGCACAGCAAAGUCAGCAUUUAUGUGGCUCCAAGGAGAGAAUGUCAAUGCAGAUGAAGAACCAUCAGAGAAAAAAGAACUUUAAUUCUGAACACAUUCUAAAUUGCUGAACUGGGUUUAUGGAAGUCGGUAAAUCACAGUGCAGCCUCACUGCUGUGUUUAAAAUAAACAGUUAUCUCAACAUUUGGUGGUUAGUAUAAGCAGUGGAACAGUUUGUCUUUGUGCCUGUUUAUUUUUCACAACAGAGGCCAGUUGUAUAUUGACAUUUAAUUAUUUUCAUGCUGUCAUCCCAUCUCAUCUGGGAACAACUGACUUGCAGGGCAAUGUAAGCAUUUGCACAUCAUGUCAGACUGCCUCACUGGGGAGAAAUAUUAACUGUAAUUUAAUUUUCAAGCAACUUGUAAUUGCUAGAAAAAGGGGAAUAGAACAUUAAAUCAUCAGUUGUCGGACUUGACAAUUGUUAUCAAUGCAAGGUUGCUUUUGCAGAACAAAAUUUAAUGGAUUCCAUAUCUAAAAAGUGGCAUUGAAUCUGUUUUAUUGAGUGAAAAUGAAAGUGCUGUGUUUGUAGGUCCCACUUUUCUAUGGGGUCAACUUGUUUUAUUCUACAUGAAUAUUUAUAUAGCAAAUGAAUUAUUUCAUAGAAUGUACAAACCUGAACUAUAUUUCUACCUGUUUUAUCUUAACUGUGAGAAUAAAGAUAACUGACUUUGGUCAGAGAUAACUACCUUUUGGGCUGGAUGCUGCAUAUUGACCCUUGGGGGAAGCAUCAGUCAUGAGCAGCUCCUAGAGGAUGGAACCUGACUAAGCCCUGCAGUGAGCUUUUGUUCUGGGUGCCAACAACUGCUUCCUCUGCCCCCCCAAGGGUCAAAGUAUAGAAGUUUUGAAAGUAUAGGAGUAUAGAAGUACGUGGGAGUCUUGACUCCUUCACUCUUCUCAACUGUUUCAUUAUACUGAAGAUAUAAUUAAGAUUUUGAAGAGAAAGAGCACGGGAAGGAAGGUAACAUGAAUGCCAGAAUUCAUCUCAAAACAAUCCAGCUUUAUAUAAGGAACUUUCAUUUCUUCCUCAAAUGGCUUUUAAACAUUCCUACUCAUAAAAGACCCUGGGUAACCAUACAUAGAAGAGUAGGAGAAGGUGAAAAUUAAUUAUAGAUGUGCUUUGUCAGCUUGAGGAUCAGGUCUGGAUACGGGUAUUUUUUCAAUGUGCUUAUGUAUCUCAGAACAGGAACUGUGCAAAUUUCUGUGAUUGCAGGAAGCUGAAAUCAGGCCAGUAAAGGAGCCCUUGGUAUAUUAGGGUGGGAUUUUAUGCCUUGAAGCUACUAAAUUGUAAGCCUGAAACAGUAUCUGAUUUAAUGCAUUUGAUUGUAAAGAGAGGACUCAACCCUCUGUUACAAUAACGAUAAACCAGUUGGAGGAAGGUUUCAAUUCCUCAGGCUUGUCUAAGCAGUGUCCCAAAGCCUGCUUAGGCUAUAAAUAUACAUUCCUUUGGCCAGCAGCUGUACUACUUAAUAUAUUGCUAACAAUUAGCAACAUAUUGCUGUAGGAGCCCAGAGUUGCUUAGCUGAGACAGGGAAAGGGAUCAUGCAAGCACUGCCUCAUCUAUUUCAGUAAAAUCAACUUGUUUAGCAUAACCCUGUGGUCAAGAGUGAUGCAAAGUACCCAUAUGGCCCUGACUACAGGACUGCAGCAGUGGGAGAAGGGUAGAUGGCAGGGGGCUGCUUCUGCACUCUGUUUUGCUGGCAGACAAGUGGAGGAGCUUUCUUCCCUCUCAGGAUAGAAAAGUCACUGCAAUUCCAUCUUCAGCUGCACAGGCAGAUGUGGAAGAGCACACCUGCCUGCAAGCCUAAGGUGGAAUUAAUUUUACUUGACUUUUGACACCUGUAAUCUGGACAUUUCCAUUUGGCUGAUCAGUUUGAGCUCUGUACGAGGAAUUGGGCACUUCAAGGGUCUGUGUCUUGCCGUCUGUAACACAGAGGCUCCGACAACUGGCUGCUGUGUCAGUAGCUUCAUGGUAGAUGCUUAUAUUUGGUGAGUUGGAGUCCCCUGCUGGGUGUUACUGUCUAUUUAAAAAAUGAGUGAACAGAUGUUUCAGACAGCUAUAACUGUUAAAUUGUUCUUGUGAAUAUAAAGUCCUCAGUAUAAGGAAGCAGUUUCAGUAGUGGGUUUUUUUCUGUUGAUAUUUUUAGGAUCAGACUAGAAUUUUGAAAUCUGUUCUAUUCAGUAAGAGUUAAAAGUUUCGGUUAAGGUGUGCUAAUUAAGUAUUUAACUUUUUUUUAACGGAUGCUAUUUAUUUUCAUUUCUGCUGAUGCCUUAAGUGUUUAAUAGAACUCACUUGGAGAAGGGAACUGGAAAAUAAUGACAUUACAAAGAGAGUGAAAUGGUGUUGAUUUGCUGUAAGGAGUGUGUGAUGUUCUUCUGAAACUCGGAGCAAAAAAUUCUGCUUUGUGGGUAUAACUGGUAAAACCUAAUCCCCAGGUGAAUCAAGAUUUUAUAACUGUUCUCGUGAUCUGUAUAAUUCUGAUGUCUUUUUCAUCAGAACUAAUGAAUGGAAGAUCCAUCUUUUAUUUUAAAUGGCUUAAGAGCUUAUGCAAGCUGUGCUUUAUUGCUGUUUGCUUUUGUGCUGCCAGCUUUUUGCUUGGGAAUUUGAGCUAAAUCCUGCUUUGUCUUCAAGUUUCUCUGGCUGUGGGCUUCAGGAUUUCUCUCCAUAUACUUGAAGUACAUUUCUCUCCAUAUACUUGAAGUACAGUCCUUUCAUGUAAUGGAAGCCUGUGGCUCUUGUAUUUCAGGAGGCUUUAGAUCCUGCAAAAUCCUUUCAUUUCCUCCAUUUCUCUUGUUGACAGUUAAGUAACCCAAGUCCCUUUUCACAUUAAAAAAAUUUUUUUUUUCUUUUAAUUAUGAGCACUGAUUGGUCUUACAAACUUUUCAGACCCACAUAAUGCAAAACAAUGAAGCUGUGUUGGGCCAAAUUCUCAGUGUGCAUAAAUUAAUGCACCUUCUAAAGAUUUUCUUCCUAUCAGUUUAGUCUGAGGGCCUAAUCCCUUGGUUUUUAGAGGUUUCAUUAUUUCUUGGCACUUUUUUGGUUUAGAAGAUUAAUUUCACAGAAUAACAGAAUGGCUGAGGUUGGAAAGAACCUGUGGAUGCCCAGGCCAGGUCAUCUAGUCCAACCCUAUUUGAUACAUAUGUAAACUUUUGUUUUCUUCUAGUAAUUCAGUAAUUUCUUGGGGGGGGGGAAGAUGGGUGAGACUUGUCCUAAUGUCUCUCUGCCACCCUUUCAAAAACAGUUAUCCAGGCUUUAUGACUAUUUCAAGGAAUUGCACUGAUUUUACUGCCAGCUGAACAUGCAGAGUCCCAUAACCAGGAGGAUGAACAGAAUUAUACAUCACAUGGGUGCUCAGGAAGGAGGGAACACACUGCCAGUACCUAGAGGCCUGCAGUCACGUAAUAUUUUUAUGUUGUGGAUCCUCUCUAAGAGCAAAUGGGAUGAGAAGACUUUUAUAUCAGGCUCAGUCCCAGCUUCAUGUAAUUCUGGAUGGCUGUGGAGAUGUAGAGUCUGGAUUUGAUAAAAUGAGGAUUUCAAAAUGUAUUUUUCUACUGCAAAUCUUUUAUGCAAAUGAACCUUCUGUGCUUACUAGUAUGUUAAAUACAUGUUUCUAGGCUUGGAAAAUUCACCAGAAGGCCUCUGUCUUUUUCACACCAGAAGUGACCACACAGUAACAGCAUAAAAUAACCAGUUUCAUACUGCAGCAAAGGUGAAACUGCCUGCAGUUUGUUACCAUAUCUGAUGUGUUAAGUUCUCUGUAUAGCACAACCUUUGAAAUCUAUGCAGCCUCAGCCUUCCAAUUCUCUGCUGUAAGUGCCAAUGCUUCCUGCUCAUGCUGCUGCCUCUACUGCUACUGCCAAUCCAGUGAGAUGUGCAAGAAAUACUUGAAUUUUACUAAAGUAAUGAAUUUCAAGUUGACUGAAAUUGUAUGUGUUUUUGCAAAGGCUUAAUAAACAUUAAAUGCUCUUCUUUG